AUGGCGCCUCGUACCCUGGCGCUUGCCUUGCCCGCUGCCGGCCUUGCCGAUGCCUCAGCGAUCUUGCAAGCGACACGAGCUACCAAGCUCUUGCAGAAACCGGUGGCCGCGCCACUUUUCGUGCCCGGAGCUCCCAGCACUCAGGGCACCCAGGCACCCCGCACAGCCGCACACGCAGCUGCGCAGACACCCAGCAGCGGCCUUUCGGCAGCUACCGUCGGCACCGUCGCCAGCGCAGGCGAGUUUUGGUGGCAGCCUUGUCUCGCGCUUCCGUGGCCUGACAGCAGAGCUGUGAGUGAGACUUGCGAGAGAGGCAAGCUUGGCAGGACAUCCCGGCCUCACGUCGCACGUAACUUCUUCGGCGGACCCACCUCGACACCGGCCAGCUUCGACCCGGCAACGGCCACCUUCAAUCGCCGUCGCGCGGUGGAGCUCAAGCAUGGGCGGAUCGCGAUGUAUGCGACCAUUGGCUACAUUGUCCCGGAAUACUUUCGCUGGCCAGGCUUCCUGUCCCCCUCGUUGGGCUUGAAGUUCUCUGACAUGCCCAACGGCCUUGCAGCUCUUUCCAAGCUGCCUGUGCUGGGUGGUGCUCAAAUCAUCGCCUUCGCCGGCCUCAUCGAGACGACAGGCUUCUUCCAGGCGGCCUCGACCACCGAUGGCCGUGGCCCGCGUGAGGGCCAGUUCUCCAUGAAGGACUCCACCGAGAGCGCCGAGCCCGGCAACUACGGCGUGGGUUUCCCGAACUUCCUGGGAAAGGUCGAGGAUCCAGAGGCACGCAAAACCAAACUUGCGGCCGAGCUGGCGAACGGCCGCUUAGCGAUGAUGGCCAUCAUCGGCAUGUUCUUCCAAGAUGGUCUCACCGGCUCUGCUUGGGGAGACUGGAGCACAUACACGGCGUCGCCCCUGAGGGCUUACGACCCCUCGGAGGAGGUCGGGGCCAUGCCACCUCUUGGCUUCUUCGACCCCCUGAACUUUUCCAAGCCGGGCCGACCGCUGGGCGUGUACCUCCAGGACCUGAGCGAUGAGGAGAAGUUCGCGUGGCUUCGCGCGGCGGAGCUGAAGAACGGUUUCGGAAGGCAGGCGUACGCCGACUUACAAGCCACCUUCAAUCGCCGUCGCGCGGUGGAGCUCAAGCAUGGGCGGAUCGCGAUGUAUGCGACCAUUGGCUACAUUGUCCCGGAAUACUUUCGCUGGCCAGGUGCGUGGAUGAUGUGGAUGCCACUGAACCAUGUAGACAUGCCCAACGGCCUUGCAGCUCUUUCCAAGCUGCCUGUGCUGGGUGGUGCUCAAAUCAUCGCCUUCGCCGGCCUCAUCGAGACGACAGGCUUCUUCCAGGCGGCCUCGACCACCGAUGGCCGUGGUCCGCGUGAGGGCCAGUUCUCCAUGAAGGACUCCACCGAGAGCGCCGAGCCCGGCAACUACGGCGUGGGUUUCCCGAACUUCCUGGGAAAGGUCGAGGAUCCAGAGGCACGCAAAACCAAACUUGCGGCCGAGCUGGCGAACGGCCGCUUAGCGAUGAUGGCCAUCAUCGGCAUGUUCUUCCAAGAUGGUCUCACCGGCUCUGCUUGGGGAGACUGGAGCACAUACACGGCGUCGCCCCUGAGGGCUUACGACCCCUCGGAGGAGGUCGGGGCCAUGCCACCUCUUGGCUUCUUCGACCCCCUGAACUUUUCCAAGCCGGGCCGACCGCUGGGCGUGUACCUCCAGGACCUGAGCGAUGAGGAGAAGUUCGCGUGGCUUCGCGCGGCGGAGCUGAAGAACGGUUUCGGAAGGCAGGCGUACGCCGACUUACAAGCCACCUUCAAUCGCCGUCGCGCGGUGGAGCUCAAGCAUGGGCGGAUCGCGAUGUAUGCGACCAUUGGCUACAUUGUCCCGGAAUACUUUCGCUGGCCAGGCUUCCUGUCCCCCUCGUUGGGCUUGAAGUUCUCUGACAUGCCCAACGGCCUUGCAGCUCUUUCCAAGCUGCCUGUGCUGGGUGGUGCUCAAAUCAUCGCCUUCGCCGGCCUCAUCGAGACGACAGGCGUGCGAUCUGGAGCCUCUGGAGCCAGAGCCAAGUUUCAGCGACUUGCACGUGAUCCAGAGGCACGCAAAACCAAACUUGCGGCCGAGCUGGCGAACGGCCGCUUAGCGAUGAUGGCCAUCAUCGGCAUGUUCUUCCAAGAUGGUCUCACCGGCUCUGCUUGGGGAGACUGGAGCACAUACACGGCGUCGCCCCUGAGGGCUUACGACCCCUCGGAGGAGGUCGGGGCCAUGCCACCUCUUGGCUUCUUCGACCCCCUGAACUUUUCCAAGCCGGGCCGACCGCUGGGCGUGUACCUCCAGGACCUGAGCGAUGAGGAGAAGUUCGCGUGGCUUCGCGGAGUCAUCGAUUUGCUGGCCUUUGGCGAAGCUAUAAGUGUCGGCCCGCUUUGA